UAGCUUCACUGCCACACAAACUCAAAGCUGUUUCUCCCUCUGCGUCUUCCUCCUUAUGCAUCGCUCUUAGAACUACGUUCAUCUCUAUUCAAACAUGGCCGUCGCUCUCAACGCCGGCUUCAUUUCUCCGCUUCAUAACAGAUCCCACCCUGUUCCAAGAUUCUCAACUCAAGUUACAACGUUAAAGUCUUCACCUUUACUUUCAAGCAAAAGGAGAUUGGUUGUGUCUUGUUUGAAGUCAAAUGAAGAUUCCAUCACAAUAACAUCAGUCAAUGACCCUCCUCCCUCUCCGGAUUCAAGUAAACCCGUUGAAUCAACCAACAACGGGUCUACGAAAAGAGCACCGUUAACAGCGAGAGAGAGACUAAAAGCAGCUCGUGUCCUUAGCCGAUACACAGAGGCAACACCGAAACCAACAAAACCCAAAAUGGGGAGCCAAAUCUUGGAGGUGCUCAAGGAAAGCGAUAAGAAAUCGAAUAGGAAACCGGGUCUACCCGAAGCACCAACCAACAUGCUUGAUGAUAGCAAGAGAGGUAUGCCGAAGAAAGGGCUUACCUUUGAUCUACCUGGAAGUGCAGAUAUACUAGUGAUUGCUUUUUCGUUUGUGUUUAUUAGUACUGUGAUGUUUGCUACUACCUAUGUUGUCUGGAAACUUGGUGGCAUUCACUUCAAUGAGAACUAAAGAUGAGAUCUUUGGACAAGUUUCCAGAGUUUGGAAACUAUUUGAGCAGAGAGUGAGAGUUGUAGUUGAAAUGUAUACUUGGGGGAAGUUUAUCACUUGGCAAAGAUGGUUUGAUUGUAUACUGUGUAGUAUUAUUAGUACACAUAAUUUUGUUAUUACAUAAUCUCUUCUUGCUUUAUAUUCAGUUUUAACCUUUA